AUGUUCAACAUCGAGCCUCCUCCGUGCGAAAGCGACAAAGCGACCGCAUCUGCGGCGUCGCCGCGGCUACCUACACUUCUAGAAACCGGUACCGACACAGCUCCCAGUCCCACACGUGGCCACUCACCGCUAUCGCAGAGAUCAACUUUGCACCACGGUGAGAGGUUCGCAGCUCGCAGUUUUGCCACCCAACGCGAGGACUGCUGCAGUAGUAGGUCUCCUGCUGCGAAAAUCACGGAGGAGCGGAAGCAGCCACUCUACAAGGCCUCUCUAGAACCGCGGGGUCAUCGCUGCUCGGAGCAAAGUGCCGUCGAAAAGCAUGGGUUGCUUUUGCGAACCGUCUCAGCGCAAGCGGAUAGAGGUAGCACACUACAGACAACCGUGUGGUCAGGACCCGGAGCUGCAGCAACAGCGGGAGGUGAUGGCUUUGGGCGGUUGAGCCGUACUACGCAGGUAGAUGACCCAGAAUCUUCUGCAGAAGGCGACGACGACACGCUCACUGCCGCUGCUACCUUCGAAUCGAUUGCAAAACGCAGAUUCACGUGGCAGUACGAGGGGCAGACGUUUGAUGUGCGGGCUACUUGUGCGGAGAAAGAGAAACUACUGGGCAGCACAACUAGUUGUACUGCAGAGGAAAGCCAGUUUUCGACUUCCACCAUGUGGUCAACAUUUUCAGCAAAGCCCUUCCCUUCUGCCUUGACCCUUUUCCGCACACGCAUGGGCAGGAGGCGAACGACGAUUACGCGUGUGCAGAUAAGUUUUAGCCCAGACAGCGUCAACGACUUCGUCAAUCGAAAUACCGCCGUCCGCAGACCACGCACUUCUAAUGCCUCUCGAGGUGCGAAGACUACCAGGAAUAGCGGCACCGAGGUUUUCAGGCACAAGGUAAGUAGAUCCAUGGAAAAUUACAAUUCCUCUUACAUGAUGAAGAUUAAGCACCACGUUGGACGGCGCAGCAACACAAUUUUGGUUAAGAGGAGAUCGUCGGUGGAAAAGCGACUGAGUUCAUCAUCGGCUUGUGUAAACACAACAUUUGUUUCAACAACAUCAUCACCGAAAAAACGCUUCUCCGACGCCGUGAAUUUGACACCGGACUAUCAGCACCGCGUUUAUUUCAAAAACAUUCUGCAAUGCAGCGGCGCCGCGGUGUUUGGGUCUGCACAACAAACGAGAAAUCGUAUUCAGCCCGCCCACGAACAGACCGGCUGCAGCACCCGCGUGUUGUACGACGAGGUGCACUACCAGGCCGUUGCGCAGUUAGAAAAGGACGCGAAAGUUCUCUCCCCGGGCUUUCUCAUCGACUUCUGUUUGCUCUGUCUCGGGCUCUACAGCUUUUUAUCAGCUGCAACACCAUCUUCUUUUCCUGGAAAUAAUGGGUACACGAACAAGAUUGGCAACGGGAACAUCCACUACCCUGAUCACUGCGGCGAUGCGGGUUUCGUGAUCAUGCGAGGCGGAACUACUACAGGUAUGAUGAGUGCAGCCGCAGGACGAGAGCAUAGCACCGGCGGUUUCUCUACCAAACUCUCCGAACAGCCCCGCAUCACAUCAACAACACAUUGUACUACUCCGCUAUCCGUGGCACAAGUUGCAGCUGUUUCAGUUCCGCAUACAUUGCACGACACAUUUGCGGCUGCCUUGUACACGUUCUUGCUUGAGCUUUUCGUGUAUGCGGCUUCCUUCCUUCUCGUGCCGACUUCUUAUUUCCCCUGCGCCGUUCAUGGAUCGACGAGUUGGCGGAGGGUCGCGCACGUCGGCACGUGGUUCCUCUUCUGUCGCAAUGUGAAGGAAUCGGUCGUGAUGCAGCGUGAAGUUGUGAAUACAGGUGGAGGUUUAGGAACGGUGGUUUUGACGAUUGGCGUGUUUUUUGGAAUUUUGAGUUCUUUGCAGCCCACCGCGGGAGUUGAUGAGGGGCAAGGACAACUUUUGAGAAGCCACCGGAGCGUCCGGAUGUACUUACUCUUUCUGGCUUUUUGUAACACGUUGAUGGCUGUAUUUGGAAGCCCAUUUAUUUUUUUCGAAAGUUUCAACUGACUAGUUGUAGUGUACGAUUUUUGUUUCAUCAUGACAUCAGAUUUUCAUUUUUCAUGCAUAUUCUUGGUUUUCUAGUAAACUUGUAAAACGGAAGAUACCACAUGCACAUGAACGCCGACAUUUGAUAUCGAGAACAAGCGAAUGACGUUGGCUCUCACGUAUGUAGUGACUUUGUGAAGUUUGACUUUGCAUGCCAAAAACUAGAAAUUUGGUGGUCAAAGAACACCGACCGGGGGAUAUUCUUUGUGUAGUGGGUGCUGUGACGCAGAUUUGUUUUUUGUAAAGAUGCAUACUGUCUGUGUCUGAUAACAGUCGUAACAUUUCAUCGACGAGCCUAGCAGUUCUUUGGUAAGGGCAAAGUUUUCUUGUUGGUUUCACGGCCGUGAAACACGGUUACGGUUUGCCUUCUGCUUUU